UCGACGGUCCAGUUCACCACGCGAGACGCGCCGUGCACAACGCAUACCGCACCCCUGUACGUCAUCGUCCCUUCGAUCGCGAUCUAUUAUAAUAAUAAUAAUAAUAAUAUUUUUCGCUCACGUCACACACUCACAACAUAAGUACGUUCGGCGAGUGCGAAGAUACGAUGCGGUUAAACGCCACGCGACCAGGACCUUCGAGGCCGGUGUGAGAUCGGACGUGGUUGUUAUCGUAAUAGUUAUUGGUGUAUUUUUGUUUGUUUUUACCCGGUUCCGUUUCUCUCUCGACUCGGGUUGAUAACGAUUCGUGGACAUGAAGGUGUCCGGUGUCUUGUGUUUGUUGUUGAUGGCCCUGGACCCCGGGGUCCGGGGCGACGACCUCAACGAUCUGGCCGACAACGCCAGAUGCCCGUGGCUGUGUUCCUGCGAUCAGACUACGGCCGAUUGUUCCCGAAAAGGGCUGGACGAAGUGCCCAAGAAUCUGCCCUCCGAUAUCGAAAGACUAGACUUGCAGGGAAACAACAUUACGGUCAUAUCGUCUACUGACUUUGCCAACCUGACUAAUUUACGAGUCUUGCAAUUGUCGGACAAUCAAAUUCAUACGAUUGAAAAAGGAGCUUUCAAACAUCUCGGUCGAUUGGAACGAUUGCGGUUAAACGGCAACGAGCUUAGCGAAGUGCCCGAUUUGGUGUUCUACAACAACCUGCAGCUUUCUAGACUGUAAGUAUUUCGUCAUUUUUACG